AGUUAUUUGCUAGGUGGACUGAAUGUGAUGGUACAACCAGUUGGACUUGAGGCCAUUUCAUUUUUUAAGCUUAUUUUUCAGGGGUUUUCUUCAAUAAUCAUUUUCUUGAUUUUUUACUAUCAUUGGUGUGGAUGGUUUUUUUUUUUUUUUUUUUCCUAAUAUUUUUGCAUGGUAUUUUCAUUAUUAAAGGUGGUUGAUUUUUUCAUGGGCUGUUGUCAUUUUAGAAGUUCUUUUUAGGGCCUUUGGCAGGACUAAAGGUGAAUGUGUUUUACACAUAAUACAAUGGUGAAAGGUGUUAAUGAUAAUGGAUUGGGCUUAAAAGGAAGAAUGGUUUUGCUUGCACUGUUUUUCAUUAUUUUGAGAGAUGGUGUUUAUGGUAAAAGAAAUACAGCAUCAAUGGAGAAAGAUUUGGAGGUGGAGAGGAAGUUGAAGCUUCUUAAUAAGCCUGCAGUAAAGAGCAUUCGGAGUAAAGAUGGAGAUAUCAUUGACUGUGUGGACAUCUACAAGCAACCUGCCUUUGAUCAUCCUUUACUAAAAAAUCACACUAUCCAUAUGACACCCGGUCGUGGACUACAACGGGUGACUAAUAAAGAAAAGCCUUCUUCAACGGUUGAGAUUUCACAAGUGUGGCGAAAGAGUGGAAGCUGUCCCAAGGGAACGGUCCCCAUUCGCCGUGCCCAAAAGCAAGUACUACUCAGAACCCCUUCUCUUGAAAAAUAUGGGAGGAGGAUAUCGCAUUUUAUUUAUAAACCAAAUACCACAAAAUCUGAUGCACUUGAUUCAACCGAAAAUCCAUCCGAAGAUCAUGCUGUAGCAGUAUUACUUACUCAAGGUUAUAGCUAUUCAGGAGCUCAAGCAGUUGUAAACGUGUGGAGUACAUUCGUUGAAAACGAUACUGAAUACAGCAAUGUUAUGAUCUUUCUCAGAAAUGGGCCUUACUAUGAUUUCGAUGCCAUUGAAGCUGGAUGGGGGAAUAAUCCGAGCCUGUACGGUGACCAAAGAACUCGAUUGACUACAUAUUGGACGAACGAUGCUUCAAAAACCACCGGUUGCUUUGAUCUCCUGUGCCCUGGAUUUGUACAAACUAGCCAUGAUGUAGCCCUUGGUAGCGCUAUUGAACCUCUUUCCCAACAUGGUGGGCCCCAGUACGCGGUCACCUACUCCGUUACUUGGGACCCAGAUACCGAUAGCUGGUGGUUGCAAUUGGGAGAUGAGACUGUUGUAGGAUACUGGCCAUCUCUCAUCUUUAGUACAAUGAAAAACGCAGCCACCAUAGUACUAUGGGGAGGAGAAGUAUACAGCAAGAAGCUUGGGACCCCACACACGGGCACAUGGAUGGGCAGCGGUAGUUUCUCUCAGGACUGGUUUCAUGGUCCAUGUUUCAUGAAAGAGAUCCGGAUUCGCAGCAAUUCCCUAGUUUGGAAGUAUCCCGAAUGGGUUUAUACGUACCAGGACCAGUAUAAUUGCUACGACGCCUUCAAUUACGUCGAAGGCCACUCCGAUCCUCCGUUCUUCUUUGGUGGGCCUGGCCGAAACUUUAAAUGUCCAUGAUGGGUGAGAUGGACAGUGUGCGUGCGAGUAUAUGAUGAUGAAAUAAAAGGUGUAUGUCAUUGAUGGUGUUUGUAUAGUUUUUAUGGGGCAUUCUCUAACAUUAAUGCAUACAAGCAUGGAAGACAUACAAGUAAAACAUAAGCUUCUUCUAAGAUGGUUUGUUUUC